AUGGCUCCUGCACCACCUCCCCCUGGCUCUACGCCUAAAGCUCGAAAGACUAAGGGUUCCGCUGCCACCAAGUCUCUAAGUCAUGUUAUCAACAGUACUACUCCAUCAAAGGUCGUCAAGCCUGCCAGUACUGCUUCAGUAAAGGCUAAGGUUAUUAAUAAGGCUACUAAAGAGGCCAUGGACAAGAAGAUUAAUGCUCUCGAGAAAAAGGUUGCUGCAAAGGCCGAGGCCGAGGAUAAGAAGAACAUUUCUAAAUCCAAACGUGAGGAGAAGGAAAUUGACGUAGCAACUAUCUCUGAGGCUGAGAAGAUCGACUACCUUGUUAAUUACCGCUUCGAAGGCCGUACUACCUUCAACGCCGCCGACAAGACUAUGCUUCAACCUGGCUACCUCUAUUGA